UUUAAGUUUGUAUCCAAACUGAAAAAUCAAUCAAGAUAUGGACAGGCUCAUAAGUUUGGAGCCAUCAAAUUUUGUUGCAAUAAGGAUCGAACCGGGACAGAAAUGCUACGGCCAGCUUACUUUGCGCAACGUUAUGUACACCAUGCCGGUGGCCUUCAGGCUUCAACCGCUGAUCAAGAAUCGCUACACGGUGAAGCCCCAAUCCGGGAUCAUAUCUCCCCUAGAGAAAUUGACCAUAGAAAUUGUGUAUCAUCUUCCUCCAGGGUCAAGCCUCCCUGACUCAUUCCCUUAUUGCCAUGACUCUUUUCUUUUGCAUAGCGUGGUUGUGCCCGGGGCAGCCAUCAAAGACUCUUCGUCCACGUUUGAUGCCAUUCCAAGUGACUGGUUCACCACGAAGAAGAAGCAAGUGUUCAUAGAUAGUGGUGUGAAGGUUAUGUUUGUUGGUUCACCUAUUUUGGCACAACUUGUGGCAGAUGGUUUGAUGGAUGAUAUUCGGGAAGUUCUUGAGAAGAGUGAUCCUUCUUGGAAAGCAGCCGACUCGGUGGAUUCGGAGGGUCAAUCUUUGCUUCACUUGGCUAUUAGUCAAGGCCGGCCUGACCUUGUCCAGCUACUUCUCGAGUUCGAGCCUGAUGUAGAGGCUCAGAGCCGGUCAGGGUCUAGCCCACUUGAAGCCGCCGCUUCAUGCGGGGAGGCCUUGAUCGUGGAGCUUCUAUUGGCCCGGCGUGCAAGCACUGAAAGAUCCGAGUCCUCUACUUGGGGUCCCAUUCACCUGGCGGCAGCAGGUGGGCACGCAGAGGUUCUUAGGCUUCUUAUAAUCAAAAGGGCUAAUGUUGAUGCAGUGACAAAGGACGGUAGCACGGCUUUACACCUUGCAGUUGAGGAGCGAAAAAGGGAUUGUGCCAGGCUCUUAAUGGCGAGUGGGGCAAAAGCUGAAGUUCGUGACAGCAGAGACGGCGAUACUCCUUUACACAUCGCUGCCGGGUUGGGGGACGAGUACAUGGUGAAGCUGUUGCUGCAAAAGGGUGCUAAUAAAGACAUUAGAAACUUUGCAGGCCGAACAGCAUAUGAUGUUGCCUCGGAGAACGGGCACACAAGGCUGUUUGAUUCGCUUCGACUUGGCGAUAGCUUGUGUAUCGCUGCGAGGAAGGGUGAGGUGAGAACAAUUGUCAGGCUGCUUGAGACGGGCGCAGCCAUCAAUGGAAGAGACCAACAUGGGUGGACAGCUUUGCACAGAGCUUGUUUCAAAGGGAAAAUCGAUGCGGUUAGAACGCUGCUCGAGAAGGGCGUGGAUGUGGAUGCUAAAGAUGAGGAUGGAUACACGGCCUUGCACUGCGCAGCCGAGUCGGGGCAUGCGGAUGUGAUAGAGAUGUUGGUGAAGAAAGGAGCUGAUGCUGAGGCUCGAACUAAUAAAGGUGUGACUGCACUGCAGAUUGCUGAGUCUUUGCACUAUGUUGGGAUUACAAGGAUACUUGUUCAUGGAGGAGCCACAAAAGACAAUAAUAUGGCACGUCUCCUGUCACCGGCUUCAGUUACAUUUGGGAAGAAGUCUAUGGGUCUAGAGGAGGAGCUCAAGGGAGGGAUGAAGAAGAAAUCGAGUCGAGCUAGGGCUCUUCGUGGGAGCUUCGAUCGUUCUAUGCCAUUGGCUGUUCUGUAGCUAUGCUGGAUUAUG